GGGACACGGCACGCGUCUCAGUGAUUGAUCCACCGGAUCGACAUUGCUUGGGAACCUGGAGCUCGCAAGUCAACUAGCUGUUCGUCCCUCCACCGGCAGCUUGCAGGCGAGAUUGCUAGCCACAAUGCAGACAUGGCAGCCUCGUAAUCGAGCUCAUUGAGCGAGGCGAUUCUUGGGUUGUGGCUUCGGUUGCAGCGUACCAGCAGUUGAUCACACAUGAGGUUGAUUCCUGCUGUCUGCUGGUUCAGCUGGCCAAUUGCCUCCACCUCUUCCGCUAUAUAAAGAAGGAACCCGAAGCCCGGAAGGAAGACACCAUUGCAGCAGCUUCCCUCUGAUCUUGUCCUCUCUCCCAGAUCCAGAAGGUUCACAGCUUUCAUCAAUUCCAAGGAUGGCCUGCCACCUGAGAUCCGCGAGCGUGCCGUCGAGCCCUCGCUCCAACGAGACCAAUGUUGAGGAGCAGCUGCAGAGCCUCAAGGCAGCCGUCUCUUCGCCUUCAGCGACCGUCCAGACCAUGGUUGGUGGUCUGAGCAAGCUCGGGAGCAUCUACGACCGCGUCGAUGAGCUGCUCACAUGCUUGCCCAGCAGCCAGAGGAAGGCGGUGGAGGAGGAGCUCGAGCGCUCCCUCGUCCUGCUCGACCUCUGCAGCGCCGUGCAAGAGAGCUUCGUGGAGCUCAAGACUCUCGUCCAAGAUAUGCAGUUGGCUCUCAAGAGAGGAGACGAUGCGGCUCUUCAGAGCAGGGUUCAGUGUUACGCACGCUCAACCAAGAGGGCGCAGAAGCUGCUCAAGAAGGUCAACAAGAAGACUGCUUCUGACAUGGAAGGAUGCAGGGUGAUCAAGCUGAUCGCCGAAGCGAGAGAGAUUGCCGUGUCAGUCCUCGAAUCGACACUGAAUCUCCUCUCGAAGCAAAUUGCGAUGCCAAGUUCUAGCAAGUGGUCACUCGUCUCCAAGUCUUUCCAAAAGAAGAGAGUUGUAUGCGAGGAGGAGCAAUUGCAAGGGUUGGAGCUGGACAUUGUUGAUCUUGAGAGCGGAGUUGGGGCUUUGUUCCGGACAUUGAUCCAGAGCAGAGUUUCUCUUCUGAACACUCUUAGCUUGUAGACAGAUCAUACAACAAUUCUGACCCCCUGCCAUUAGCAUCCGCCUUUUAGAGGAUCCGCUGAUCUAGAACCAAAUUUUUGAUGUACAUAUAUAUAUG